GUUAAGUGCCGUCGCUUUGUCCUCUGUGAGAAGUUGAAACGGGGCAGGGUAAAAAGAGACCCAGCAGGCUGUGCUUUUAAAAGACCGGAGGAGACUAUAAAACUGGUUUCAUACCCGCUGCUGUAAAGGAUCGGCACGAUAUGAGCGCAGACAGACGGAGUGAAAAGGAUGAGCGUCUUCUCCAGUAGACCCGGCGCAGUUUGACACGUUUCCCGAGCUUGUUUUCCAAGCGGGGCCCCAUUAAAACAGUUCUGCUCUUACUUUUGAUGCCACGGAAAUGGGAUCGCACCAACGAGAGAGCGUGUCCGCGUUUUGCAGGAAAAGUUUGCUUUGGACAGUGCUGAUACUCUGGCUGAGCACGCUGGUUAACGGGACCUGGAAGACGGGACUUUACAAAACCUAUUCAGUCGGGACGCAGCUGAACAGAGACCAGACAGCAGCCACCCACAGCUCAGUCUACCAGAAAAGGAACUGGUGUCCUCAUACGGUCACUAAGACUGUGACCUGCCAGGUGCAGAAUGGGACAAUCCUCCAGCGGGUGUACCGGACAUGCCCCUGGCCACAGGGAUGUGCAGGAGGCAGCUACAAGACCGUGGUCAGACCUUCCUAUAAAGUGGUGUACCGCACUGUGACUUCCCUGGAGUGGAAAUGCUGCCCGGGAUUCAGCGGUGCUGCUUGUGAAGAAGAUGCAGGAAACCGGCUUGUAGCUCAAGAGGCAUUAAGAAAACCAUCUACUCUACGCCGGCCACCUGCACGCACGGGAGAAGCAAUCUCCAAUUGUCUCAACUGCAGUCGAAUCACUGCUAUGAGCGACAGGCUGAACACGCUGGAGGAGAAGGUCCAAUUACUCACAGCUCCGGCCUCCAUAUCGCAUCGCCACCUUCAGGGUAAAGUGGGAAUUGCUCCAGAGACCUCGUUACUGAUGGGGGCUGUGCCCGCUCAGGGAGCUCCUGGUGAGCAGGGACCUGUAGGUCCUCAGGGUGAAAAGGGAAGAGAUGGGCUUCCUGGCAGAGAUGGGAAGCCAGGGUCUCAAGGGCUGCCAGGUCCUAUUGGGCCUCGAGGUGGGGCCGGGGCAAGGGGCCCGUCUGGAGCCCCUGGAUCAAAAGGAUCCCCUGGACCAGCAGGCCCCCGUGGUCCAACAGGACUGCCAGGAGGGAGAGGUCUUCCAGGCCCGCCUGGCCCACCGGGGCCUCCGGGCCCUGCAGGUUCCCCAGCACCAGCCAGUGCCCGCAUCCCAGAACCAGACCACAAUCGUGGAAAAGACCCUUUCUUCACCAACACCUUCCACGACUCUCGAGGGAUACCUGUUCCAGGACCUCAGGGGCCUCCGGGACCUAUUGGUCCCCCAGGUCCUAAAGGCCCGGUAGGACCUCCUGGUCCAGCAGGACAAAAUGGAAAACCUGGAGUGCCUGGAACGCAGGGCCCCGUGGGGCCAAAGGGAGAACGUGGGGAGAGAGGACCUUCAGGUUACCCAGGAGAGAGGGGCUUGAGCGGCGAGCCGGGAGCACCAGGACCAAAAGGAGAACCGGGAGAGAAGGGAUUGCCGGACAUUAGCUUGCAGAUGUUCCACAACUUGCAGGCAGACCUUGAGCUUCUGACUCGCAGGGUGACACUGCUGGAGGCUAUCAUCUGGCCAGAGCCUGAUCUAGGGUCUGGGGAUGGACCGUUUGGCACAUCCUCCCCUAGUUUCUACAGAGAUAAGCGAUCAGGUUCAAUUCCACAUCGACUUGCUUCUCCUCUGUCCUCCGACACCAAGGUUCGAGGAAAGUAGCCACC